GACCCUUUCUAACUGCCUCUCUCUCUCUAAAAAGUCAGCGCCUUGGUUUCUCUCUCUAAAAACUUGCACACAAGUCAACCAAUGGAGGUUGAUUGGGACUUACAUGCGGUGGUCAGAGCCUGUUGCUCCACCAAUACCACAACCUCAUCCUCCUCCUCCACCGCCACUGUCGCUACCACCGCCGCCACCGUCGCAACCACCACAGGAGCAGCUUCUUCAUGGUCUCUGGAUGGUUACAAUAACCAAAAAAGAUAUUCACAAAAUGAGAAUUUUAUGGGCUUUUUUCAAGAUCCAUUUCAAACUAGAAAUGACAACAGUAUUGAACAGUUUUUGAAUGAUCUAAACACCCCCCUGGAGUUUCCAAAGAUACAGAAACCACCCCAGUCUCCUCAAAGUUUGCCAAUCUCACCCCUCUCUGUUAUUGGAGGGUUACAAGAUCCACCCAUGAACCACUAUCACCACCACCACCACCAGAAACAAGUUCAGGGGAAACAACAAGCUUUUGCUAUAUCUCGAUGUACAACUUCUAAUGCACAGAGUACAAGGUCGAAAAAAAGAAAGAAUCAGAUGAAAAGGGUUUGUCAAGUGCCUGCUGAGGGAUUAUCCUCUGAUGUAUGGUCUUGGAGAAAAUAUGGUCAAAAACCCAUCAAAGGCUCUCCAUAUCCAAGAGGAUACUAUAGAUGCAGUACUUCAAAGGGUUGUUUAGCCCGAAAACAAGUGGAGCGAAAUAGAUCCGACCCGGAUAUGUUCAUAGUCACCUACACCGGCGAGCACAGCCAUCCGGUUCCAACUCACCGGAAUUCUUUAGCCGGAAGUACGCGAACCAAACCCACCAGCUCCGGAGACGACGACACCACAAAACAACCCAAACCCACCACAUCUCCGCCGUUUUCUCCUCCAACAACCCAAUCUCCGGCCACAGAAAAGACCGAAGAUAACGAUAACGACAUCGAAACCGACGAAGACAACUUUGAUAUGAUAAUGGACGACGAUUUCUUCGAAGGAUUAGACGAACUCGUCACCGGAAAUAACUCUCCGGCAACAUUCACCGGAAAUAACUCUCCGUCAUGGUUAUCAACCAACGUAGCCACCGCAGCCGGUGGAAGUUGACUUUUUAGAGGUUGACUUUUAGAGUGAUGUUAGCAUGACGGUUGAUGAUAUGCAAUUAUGCAUUACUUGCUGCUGACUUUUCUUUUUGUUCUUUUUUACUUUUUUAGGGGGAGAGAGAAAAGAGAGGAAAAAUAGGCUUUUGCCAGCCCAAGAUAAUGUUGAGAGCAUUACAGGGUUGUACUAUGUGCAUUGAGAGUUGUACAUUUGUAUAGGCAAAUUUCUAUUUGUUUCUUCAAGCAAAUGGGUAUCAAACCCCUUUUGUGGAUUGAAGAAUCUUGUCCAAUAACAAUGGACUUUUGUACAUGGUAGAAGAGUAUAAUUCUCCAUUAUAACAAUCGAAGAGUCUUGAAGGAAAAGAUUUGAUUGAUUCCUUUAUCUAAGAAGCAAGCAUGUGUUAUAAUAUAUUUCAUAACUUCUUUAUGUAUAUUUUAGUUGGUUGUAUAUAAUAAUAUUCUAGUGUUUUUUUAA